AUGGUCGGAUUUGAUAUGCGUGGUUUGACACCGGCUCCGGUCACCCCUUUCACUCCAAAUGGCGCAGUUGACUAUGAAGCUAUCCAGCGUCUUGGCUCCUGGCUCGGUGGCAUCAAUGGAGUGAAGGGCCUCGUGGUGCUCGGUCAUGCUGGCGAGGGCACAUUCCUCACCACCGAGGAGCAAAUCUUAGUCAUCAAAGCUUUCGUGAGGUCUGUUGAUAACAGAGUCCCGAUUAUCGCCGGUAUUACCAGCGAAGGCACCGAAGUUGCUGCUCUCGAGGCCAAGCGAGCUAAAGAAGCCGGCGCAGCUGCUGGACUGCUCUACCCGUCUCAUGGCUGGCUGCGCUUCGGAUACCAGCCCGGUGCUCCGCAAGAUCGGUACCGCCGCGUAUAUGAAGUCUCCGGCCUACCAUUGAUCCUAUUUCAAUACCCCGACAACACAAAGGCUACCUACAACUUGGAGACCAUGCUGGAUAUUGCCGCCCAGCCUGGCUGCUUUGCUAUGAAGAACGGCGUGCGUAACAUGCGUCGAUGGGACACAGAAAUCCCCGUUAUCCGGACUCAACGACCUGACCUGCAAAUCCUCUCUUGCCACGACGAGUACCUUUUGCACACUUCAUUUGACGUCGACGGUUUCCUGGUUGGCUACGGCAACAUCGCUCCCGAGCCUCUCAUCCAGCUUAUUGAGGCUGGCAAGGCCAAGGACUAUAAGAAGGCACGGGAAAUCCAUGAUCGGCUAUUGCCUAUCACCAAGAGCGUCUAUCACCGUGGAUCACACAUGGAGGGCACUGUCGCACUUAAACAUGCUCUUGUUGCUCGGGGUAUCCUGACUCACGCCACUGUUCGCCCCCCUCUUUUACCCCUUGAGCCUGGUGCAGAGCAAGAGAUUCACGCUGCAAUCAAUGCCGCGUCACUCAGUAAGGUGGUCCUAUGA